AUGAAAGAAAAAACGAAAAAAGCAGAGCAUACAGAUCAAAAUGAAGAAACAAAGGAAGAGAAUGAAAAAAUAAAUAUAUUUAUUAAUAACUUAUUGGCAAGUAUAAACUAUAUCAAUAAUGCAAUAUUAUAUAAAGACAAUAGAUUUAUACUUCGUAUGUUAAAAUAUAUAAAAAACAUGCGUUUGAGUAUAAAAAAUGAUAGUGACAAUUUAAUGCCAAUCUUAAUAAGUUUAAUAAAUAAAAUAUUUAAAGAUACCUAUCCUAUAUAUACAAUAUUACAUAAAUAUAUAAAUCAGUAUAACGAAAUUAACAAACAAAAUAUCGUAGAAAUAUCAGCUUUGAAUGAUAAAACAUAUGCAAACGCUUUACCAGAAAUUGAAGUAUUUCUUUAUAUUUUAUUUAUGGUCCAUUUAAUAGAUAAAAAGUUAUAUGAUGAAUGUAUUGAAUUAUCUACACGAAUUGUAAAUAGAGUAAACAAAUUAAAUAGACGAUCUUUAGAUUUUAUAAAUGCAAAAGUAUAUUUUUAUUAUUCAUGGGUACAUGAACUAAGAGGUAAAAUAUCUCAAGUUCGACAAGAAUUAUUAUUUAUUUAUAGAAAUGCAUGUUUACAUAGAGAUGUUAUGACUCAAACUGUUGUCUUAAAUUUAAUAUUAAGAGAUUAUAUAAAAAAUAAUUUAUAUGAUAUGGCUGUUAAGUUUGUCAGUAAAACUUUAUUCCCUGAAAAUAUGUCAUCAAAUGUUCAACAUGCAAGGUAUUUAUAUUAUAUUGGAAAAAUAUUAGCUAUACAAUUAGAUUAUAGUGAAUCUCAUAGUAAAAUUACACAAGCUCUAAGAAAAGCACCACAAAAUAUACAUACAGCUAAAGGAUUUAAACUUGAAGCUACAAAAUUAGAAAUAAUUGUUGAAUUACUUAUGGGUGAUAUACCAGACCGAUCAUUAUUUACUAACAAAAUUAUGAGAAAUAAAUUAAUUCCUUAUAAACAUGUUGUAACAGCAGUUAGAAAUGGAGAUAUAAAUAAAUUUGCAAAUGUCAUGAAUAAUUAUAAAAAGCUUUUUGUUAGAGAUGGUGUUUAUUUACUAAUCAAAAGAAUUCAUCACAAUGUCAUCAAAACGGCUCUUCGAAUAAUUAACCUUUCCUACUCCCGCAUAUCCAUCGCUGACAUUGGGAAAAAGAUCGGAGUCGAGUCCCCUAUGGAUAUCGUAGGCAUAACUGCAAAGGCAAUUCAUGAUGGAGUGAUAGGUGCAACAAUCGAUUAUGACAAUCUAUAUGUUGAAUCAAAACCUAAUACAGAUAUAUAUAUUACAGGAGAUCCUAUGAAAGCAUUUCAUAAAAGAAUUGCAUUUUGUUUGCAACUUUAUUCUGAUGCAGUAAAAGCAAUGCAAUACCCUAAUGAAAAUGAAAAAACAGAAAAUGCAGAGGCCAAAGAAAGGAAAAUGAGACAACAAGAGGAGUUUGCUCAAGCUGAGGAAGGCGAACUUGGUGAUGACACGGAUUUGUUGUGA